GGGGUGAGGCGAGGGGUUAGCAGGGGCGUAGGGCGACCGUCGGGCACCAGGCUCGGAGGACAGGAAAAUGGCGGCCUUGGGGUCCCCGGCGCGCACUUUUCGAGGCCUCCUGCGGGAGUUACGCUACGUGAACGCGGCCACCGGCCGACCCUAUCGCGACACCGCGGCCUAUCGGUACCUUGUGAAGGCUUUCCGUGCGCAUCGGGUCACCAGUGAGAAGUUGUGCAGAGCCCAACAUGAACUUCAUUUCCAAGCUGCCACCUAUCUCUGUCUCCUCCGCAGCAUCAGGGAACACGUGGCGCUUCAUCAGGAAUUUCAUGGCAAGGGUGAGCGCUCAGUGGAGGAGUCUGCAGGCUUGGUGGGCCUCAAGUUGCCCCACCAGCCUGGAGGGAAGGGCUGGGAGCCAUGAACAUGGAGAGAUUCCUUGGAUGCUGCCUUCAUAUGAGAAUUUAAUCAUUUCUAUCAAUAUGUAUUUAUCAUUAAAUUUUUUUUAAGUUUAGGGUUUUUCUUUAUAA